AUGGCCUCGCAGACGGAGGCUGUGGCUACUACCCUGGAGCAUUCGAGCUCUCCAGUGAAACAAAACGAGGUGGCUCCCCACCAAGCCCAGGAAUCGACUCCAUCCCUCAAGGCUCGGAGACGCAGCAAGUAUCGCCAUGUCGCUGCCUACCAUUCCAAAACGCGGCACUCGAGCCUGAGCAGAGAGUCCAAUGUGACUACGAGCUUCCUCGGGUUUAGGAACCUCAUGGUGUUGGUUCUCGUGGCCAUGAAUCUCCGACUGAUUAUCGAAAACUUCAUGAAAUAUGGCGUUCUGAUCUGCAUCAAAUGUCACGACUAUCGCAAACAGGACAUCGUCCUGGGAUUGAUUCUGUCCGCACUAGUCCCGUGCCAUCUGUUCGUUGCAUAUCUCGUCGAAGUGACCGCUGCAUCCGCAGCCAAAGCGACAGUUGGCCGGCAGAAAAAGACAGCCGAGGAGAAGGAGCACGACCAACAGGUUUUCCGGUCCGAAUGGCACUACACGGCCUUCCUCCACACCGUCAACGCCACUCUGUGUCUUGCAGUGACCAGCUACGUAGUUUACUUCUACAUCCACCACCCCGGCAUUGGAACUAUUUGCCAAAUGCAUGCCAUCAUCGUCUGGCUGAAAAACUGCUCCUACGCAUUUACCAACCGAGACCUGCGUCUGGCAUAUCUUAAUCCCUCGGCCGAAUCAGGUCUGCCAGACCUCUACGCCGCAUGCCCCUACCCCAGGAAUGUUACCCUCGAGAACCUGGCGUACUUCUGGAUGGCGCCGACGCUGGUCUACCAGCCAGUCUACCCACGCACGACAUCCAUCCGUUGGUCAUUCGUUGCAAAGCGCCUGGCGGAGUUUUGUGGUCUGGCAGUCUUUAUCUGGCUUCUAUCUGCGCAAUAUGCAGCACCGGUCCUCCGCAACUCGAUUGACAAGAUUGCCGUUAUGGACAUUGCGUCCAUUUUGGAACGUGUCAUGAAGCUAUCCACCAUCUCCCUAAUUAUCUGGCUUGCCGGGUUCUUCGCUCUAUUCCAAGCUCUGCUGAACGCGCUCGCUGAAGUCAUGCGCUUCGGUGAUCGCGAGUUCUACACCGACUGGUGGAACAGUUCCAGCCUGGGCACGUACUGGCGGUCCUGGAAUAGACCUGUGUAUCUUUUCAUGAAGAGACAUGUUUACUCGCCCCUCGUCGGCCGCGGCUGGAGUCCAUUCGCAGCAAGCGGCAUGGUGUUUGCACUAUCCGCCAUUUUACACGAGAUGCUGGUGGGAAUUCCCACUCACAAUUUCAUCGGUGUUGCUUUUGCCGGUAUGAUGUUCCAGUUGCCUCUCAUCGCGCUCACCGCGCCCUUGGAGAAAAUGCGCGACCCUCUCGGUAAGACCAUUGGAAAUUGUAUCUUCUGGGUUAGCUUCUGCUUGGUUGGGCAGCCCCUGGGAGCACUACUGUAUUUCUUUGCUUGGCAAGCGAAGUACGGCAGUGUGAGCCGUAUGGGCCCUUCCCCUUGA